AUGAUUCCAAGUGAAAAGACGACGACUGAAGGAAUGAAUGAAAAUUUCUCAAGUGUCAACAGCACACGUAAGAAGCAAAAAAAGGUUACGCGAGAAAGAAACCUCCAAACUGUCACAACAGAUGAAGCCACUAAUCCGCCUAGAAAGAGGUUCUUAGCACUUGUAUUGACGGUGCUGAAAGGCGAAUAA